AUGUUGUUAUUAGCAACAUCAUGCUUGCUCUUGUCCUCUUCACCGCCUUACGUGACUGCUCAAACUCAGCAGCAAAGUCAACAGCAAUCUUCACAGCAGUCACAAGCACCGCCUCAACAACAAUCAGCACCGCCUCAACAACAAUCCAAUCAAUCGGGCAGCAGGUUGGCCAUCUACAUUAAUAACAUUAAUUCCCAAUUGGCAUUAAUUAAUAGAAUUGGUCAGUACUGUUACAUGAAUAACCAACAACAAGCACAAAUGAUGCCUCCUCAACAACAAGGAAUGCCUGGUGGAGGUCAAGGUCAACAAAUGCCACAACAAAUGUAUCCUCCACAACAAGGAAUGCCAAUGUACCCUCCACAGCAACAAGGUUAUCCUCAAGGACAAAUGCCUCAGGUGAUGCAAAUCUCAGAUCCAAAUCAACCAGCACCUCCAGGACAAGCUCCACCUACUCCAUUACCUCAAGGCAAUCCUGUUGGACAAACUCGGAUGACACGAGGACUUCGACAAAUGUCUCCUGCACAACAGCAACAACCAAUGUAUCCUCCUCAACAAAUGCCACAAAUGAUGCCUCCACAACAACAAAUGUAUCCUCCACAACAAGGAAUGCCUGGUGGAGGUCAAGGUCAACCCAAUGUUCAAUCCAUGCAAUCACAACCAACUCUGACUCAAUCCAUGAUUUCACCUUGUUCACUCAUCACCGAUUCAGCCAAUAAUAUUCAAUCGAAUUUGGAUCUCAUUGUGAAUAAUGACUUGAAUGUGACCAAUGCUCAAGAUUCUCAAUUAAUCACAAGUCAAAUCAAACCUGCUGUUGCUAACUUGGUCAGUGCUGCUAAAUCACUCGAUUGGAAUACCUUCCAAAAAGUUGCCUCGAACUUGCAAUCUCUCAUGACUCAAAUUAGUGGCAAUUACGGUCAAGUACAACAAAAUCAGCAACAACAAGGUGGAAUGUACAUGCCUCCACAACAAGGUGGUGGAAUGCAAUCAAUGCCUCCACAGCAAGGAUAUCCAGUUGGAUCUUCACCCAUGUAUCCUGGCUAUGGUCAACAACCCAUGUAUCCACCUGCUCAACAAGGUUAUCCAGGUUAUGGUCAGCAAAUGUAUCCCGGAUAUGGUCAACCGCAAAUGUAUCCAGCUCAACAAGCGUACUAUCCUCAAUCAUCGGCCUAUUAUCCACAGCAACAAUAUUAUCCUCAGCAAACAGGUUACUAUUAUAACCCAUCCAUGUAUGGAGGAACUCAACCAUGGAUUUCCAUUGCUGGGGUUUCUUCACCAAGCCAGCAACAACCAAUGGUUUACAAUGGACAAUUUCCGGGUCAGAAAAUGACCUAUGGAUCAGGACCAGGACAAACUUCGUUAGGUGACCCUUACAUGGAGUCCUUGAUGAAUUAUGGAAUGACCAUGCCAAUACCACAAAGACCUCCUCAGCAACAACAACCACCUGCUCAAAGAUAA